GGAUAUACACGGUAAACUGUCACCUUCGUCUUACUCCCUCCGUCCCCCUCAGCCAUGGAGGAAACCAAGCAAGUCGUUGUCUCAAAGGGCAUAUAUCAUGGUUUGCCAACAUACCCGGACACCCCUGAAUUCACAGGACUCACCGCCAUCAUCACCGGCGCCAACGGGAUAAGUGGUUACCACAUGCUCAAGGUCCUGGCCGCAGCACCACCGACCAGAUGGAAGAAGAUAUACUGUCUCUCGAGACGUCCUCCGCCGGACUACUUCUUCACAGACCUCGGCGAAGGCGCCAGUCGCGUCGAACAUGUCUGCGCCGACUUCCUGUCGGACCCCAAAGAGAUCGCGAAGAGUCUCCAGAAGAUACCACGAGUAGACUACGUCUUCUUCUUCUCGUACAUGCAACCGUCACAGGAAGGUGGCAUACUAGGAAUGUGGUCCAACGCCGAUGCUUUGGCCGAGGUCAACGCCUCACUCCUGCGCAACUUCCUUGGCGCUCUCGAGAUCUGCUCCCUCAAACCGCGCCGCGUCCUCCUCCAAACCGGCGCCAAGCAGUACGGUUUCCACAUGGGUCCGGCCACCAGUCCGUCUUUCGAGUCUGACCCUCGCGUCCUCCUGGAGAACAACUUCUACUACCCCCAGGAAGACCUGUUGGUCGACUACUGUCGCCGCAACUCGGCCCAGUGGAACGUGGUGAGACCCUCGUACAUCAUCGGCGCCGUUCGGGACAACCUGCUCAACCACAUGGUGGGACUGUCCGUCUACGGCUCCGUCCAAGCCUACCUCAACCGCCCUCUCGCCUUCCCCGGUGAUUACGUCGCCUGGGACCGAGAGUACUGCCAGAGUACGGCCAUGUUGAACGCCUACCUGGAGGAAUGGGCGGCUUUGAGCCCCAACACCGGCAACGAAGCGUUCAACGCACAGGACGGGUUGGCCUUUACUUGGGGUCGGUUCUGGCCUUACCUGGCAAAAUGGUACGGUACGACUUUUACGCCUCCGGAAAUGGACGAAAGUAAGUACAGAGUCAGCGUGUCCAGGCACGAUCAGAAUCCCAGAGGCUACGGCCCACCCGGCACCACGCGCUCGACGUUCUCGCUCCUAGAAUGGUCGGAAGAUCCUGCGGUCGUUAAAGCAUGGAGCGAGCUUUCACAAAAGCACGGCCUCAUGCUCGAUCCGUUCAAGGACCGGGCACAGAUCUUUGGCAUGACGGACAGCGGCGUCAUCGGCGGCUGGGCUCUUUCGCUGAGCAUGCGCAAGGCCAGGAAAAUGGGGUGGCUCGGCAACGUCGACUCCUUCGAGUCGGCUUUCUACUGCCUGAAAGACCUGGCGAGGUUGAAGGUUUCACCACCGUUGGCCGUCGACAAGUUCGAAGAAGACAUCUAG